CGGAGCUGAUCACGGUGAUUGGCCACGCCGUCGCAGAUGUGUCGGGGGAGGUGGUGACGUGUUCGGCACGUAGAAUGUUGUGACAGAAAGUUACCAGGUCGGGUAGUGGUGGUAACAAAGGAGUCAACGUUCGCAAAGAAAAUGUGCGGAAUUUUUGCCUACCUGAAUCACCUUGUUCCCCGGACAAGAAGAGAAAUUGUUGAAAUCUUAUUCAAAGGGCUUCAAAGACUUGAAUACAGAGGUUAUGAUUCUGCAGGUAUUGGAAUCGAUGGAGGAAAUAACAAGGAUUGUGAAAGAGAAGGGAAACAUAUCUGUAUCAUUAAAACAGACGGCAAAAUAAAGUCGCUGGAAGAGGAAAUAAACAAACAAGAAGAUAUUGACUUUGAUGUUGAACACAAAACACAUUUUGCUAUUGCUCAUAUUCGCUGGGCAACACAUGGUGUUCCUAAUUCUGUAAACGCUCAUCCACAGAGGUCAGAUAAAGACAGCGAGUUUGUUGUUAUUCAUAAUGGCAUAAUUACAAACCACAUGAAUCUAAAGAGGUUCCUGGAAAGCAAAGGUUACAAGUUUGAGUCAGAGACUGAUACAGAAUCUAUUGCCAAACUGAUCAAGUACGUGUACGAUAACAGCGAGAAUGAGAACAUCAGCUUUGCUACUUUGGUGGAGAGAGUCAUCCAGCAACUGGAAGGUGCCUUUGCCUUGGUGUUCAAGAGCGUUCACUUCCCUGGGCAAGCCGUCUGCACCAGACGGGGAAGUCCUCUAAUGAUCGGUGUGAGAAGUAACCAUAAACUUUCGACAGAUCACAUACCAGUUCUGUAUCGUACAUCAGGUAAAGAAUUAAAGAUGAGCUGUCCACUGCCUCGCAUCGAUGCUUCUACCUCUUUGUACCCUGUUGGGGAAGAAAAGUCAGUGGAGUACUACUUUGCGUCAGAUGCCAGUGCGAUCGUCGAACACACGAACCGAGCGAUUUUCCUGGAGGAUGAUGAUGUGGCGGCAGUGGUGGAUGGCUGUCUCUCGAUUCACCGGGUCGAGCGCACGGCAAGCGACCACCCGGCACGUGGUAUUCAGAUACUGCAGGUGGAGCUGCAACAGAUGAUGAAGGGAAGCUACAGUUCCUUUAUGCAGAAAGAAAUCUUCGAGCAGCCAGAAUCAGUGGUGAACACAAUGAGAGGGCGAGUCAAUUUUGAACACAGCACCGUGAUCCUUGGUGGAUUAAAGGAUUCAAUUAAAGAAAUCAGAAGAUGCAGACGUUUGCUAAUUAUUGCCUGUGGAACGAGUUAUCAUUCUGGAUUGGCGACACGACAGAUCCUAGAGGAGCUGACGGAACUGCCAGUUAUGGUGGAACUUUCCAGCGAUUUCCUGGAUCGCAGUACACCUGUUUUCCGGGACGACGUCUGCUUUUUCCUCAGCCAGUCAGGUGAAACUGCUGACACUUUAAUGGCCUUGAGGUAUUGCAAAGGGAGACGAGCCCUAACUGUUGGCAUCACCAACACAGUGGGCAGCUCAAUCUCCCGCGAAACCGACUGCGGUGUUCAUGUCAACGCUGGACCGGAAAUUGGUGUGGCCAGCACAAAGGUCUACACAAGCCAGUUUGUGGCCCUGGUAAUGUUUGCUCUCAUGAUAUCAGAAGACCGAAUAUCUAUGCAGAAAAGGCGGAGGGAGAUCAUUCAGGGUCUCCAGACUCUACCAGACCAAAUAAAGGAAGUUCUAAACUUGGACGAGGAAAUCCAGAAAUUAGCCAGCGAGUUGUAUCAGCAGAAGUCUGUGCUUAUUAUGGGUCGUGGCUAUCAUUAUGCCACAUGCCUGGAAGGAGCGCUGAAAAUUAAGGAGAUAACCUUCAUGCAUUCAGAGGGAAUCUUGGCAGGAGAGCUGAAACAUGGACCUUUGGCCCUGGUGGAUAAUCGAAUGCCAGUCAUCAUGAUUGUCAUGCGGGAUCCCACCUUUACCAAGUGCCAGAACGCACUGCAACAGGUGGUGGCUCGCCAGGGACAGCCCAUUCUGAUCUGCGAGAAGGGCGACGAGGAGACGGUGAAAAAUGCCUACCGGGCCAUCAGGGUCCCUCACACAGUCGACUGUCUGCAAGGCAUCCUCAGCGUUAUCCCACUCCAGCUCCUGGCUUUCCACCUUGCUGUCCUUCGGGGCUACGAUGUGGAUGACAACAAACGGCUGAGGAAGAUCGAGGCGGAUUACGUGCCUAUGUGAGGUGUCGCAUUUAUCGGGACAGAGGCUGACAACUUCUUGGGAGCUUCUCUUCUCCAUUUGAGGCCAGUGGUGGUUGAACUAUGUAAAGUGUAGCAUGCAAAGUCUACCCUUAAUUGGCAUUAUUAGGUAACAGAAGAUCUUGACAAGGGAGACUGAUGGAUUUAUCAAGAGUAACCUACCCUUGGAAUUACCUGGGACACUUCGCUCCAUCUUAUGUUUGGGCUGAGGGAAACAGAAUCCAGCUCCAGGAGUAUGCCCCACUGACUGACUCUCCCUCUCACUCUGACUCCUUCACCUUCUCUUAUCUUGCCUUUCUCAGAUGUUGAGGGGGUGAAUAAGUCUGUAGUUGGCACUUUGACCCAAUUCUGCAAUAUUGUAAUUUAGGUAGGGCCUUAGUUGCUAUUGAGUUUGGUGAAUUUUUCAACUACCUCCUGUAGGUAUCACAUACUUAAGCCCUAUUUUGGUACGUCUGUGCAAUGUGAUACCUGUUGCUGGCUACUGUAUUGUGGCCCAGAAUGUGGGACAAUCAUCUUUCUCCCCAGCACACUUCCCUCCAUUGCCCCAACAGUUGAGGCAGACAUUUCAAGGUAUGGAACCUUGAAACUGCUUGGGAAUAGUUGAAUUUACUGCCUGACCAAAGCAAGAAUGUUGUGGCUGUGCACUGUGAAUGCAAACAAACAUAGAUGUAUCAUUGCGCUCAGAGUUCAGUUUGAGGUUCUUGAGAUAGUGCUGCACAGCCGUUUUCUCUCAGCCAUUUGUCCAAGCUCUGUGUAAGUCUCGAUUUAUAAGGACUCUUAAUACUCCAAACGAAACUUUAGGAAAUCAGGGCAGAUUUUAUUAAAACUUUUACUCAUUUCGGUUGAGUUUACUUUGUAUUCUUUGUUCACGACUGGGAUAACUUGAUCAAAACUCACAUAGCUCCACCUGCUGAGAGUAGUCAUCUUACUGUAAGGAAAUGUAGCUACAAAGCUCUCAAGUUGUAUUGCAUGUAUUUUCAUAAAGGAUUUUGUAAAAGAUGUUAAUGUACUCGCACUCCACUUAUCUCAUCUCUCCCCCCUCCCCAUCCUUCCCCUUCCCCCCUCAACACUAUUGACUUUUUAAAUCCAAUUAAACAAAACGUU